AUUUAUAAUUUAUUUAAUUCUAAUAAAAUUUUUUUUUUUAUUUUAUUCUUUAGAACUUUAAUCUCUAUUUCAUCAAAUUCUUGAUUUGGGUGUUGAAUUGGAUUAGAAAUUAAUCUUUUAAGUUUUAUCCCCCUAAUUUCUAAUUCCAAUAAUUUAUUUUCAACAGAAGCCUCAUUAAAAUAUUUUCUUACACAAUCAAUUGCAUCUUUAAAUUUUUUAUUUACAAUUUUAAUUAAAUUAACAUUAAUAAAAAAUUUUGAAAUAAAUAAUUUUUUAACUAUUAUAAUAAAUUCUUCUAUAUUAAUAAAAAUAGGAAGAGUUCCAUUCCAUUUUUGAUUUCCUAAUAUUAUUGAAGGAUUAUCUUGAUUAAAUAGUUUUAUUUUAAUAACAUGACAAAAAAUCACACCUUUAAUUUUAAUAUCUUAUUGUAUAAAUAAUUAUUUUAUUAAUAUUAUUAUUAUUCUUAAUAUUAUUAUUGGAGCUAUUGGAGGGUUAAAUCAAACAUCAUUACGAAAAUUAAUAGCAUUUUCAUCAAUUAAUAAUUUAGGUUGAAUAAUUAUAUCUAUUUCAAUUAGAGAAACCUUAUGAAUUUUUUAUUUUUCAAUAUAUUCUUUUAUAAUUAGUAUUUUAUGUUUCUUUUUUUACAUUUUAAAUAUAUAUUUUAUUAAUCAAUUAUUUAUUAAUAAUAUAAAUUUUUUAGUUAAAAUUAAUAUCUUAAUUAAUUUUCUUUCUUUAGGUGGAUUACCACCAUUCAUUGGAUUUUUCCCUAAAUGAAUUAUUAUUAAUUUUUUAAUUAAUAAUAAUAUAUAUUUAAUAACUUUUAUUUUUGUAAUAAUAAGAUUAAUUAUAUUAUUUUUUUAUAUUCGUAUUAGAUACUCAGCAAUUAUAUUUAAUUAUAUAAAAAAUAAAUGAUUUAAAAUUUAUAUUAAAAAUAAAUAUUUUUUAUUUAUUAAUUUUUUUUCAUUUUUUUCUAUUACAGGAAUAAUUUUAAGAACGUUGUUUUUUUAUU